AUGCUGGUUCGGAACCCUGAAGAGGAGAAGAGAGAAAAGGAGAAAGUGAAGCAACCCUUAAAAAGAGUAGUCGAUGAUAAGGAGUUGAAGAAGGACAAGAAGUGGAAUGAUAAUGAAUGUGAGAAAACAGAGGAGACCCUUCUAACCUCCUGGUAUCCGGCAGUUACUAGUGUGUUUAACCAGUCUAAUAUAAACAAAGGAUUGAAGGGGGAGAGGUUGAAGAGUUUUUAUAUUUUUCAGGGGGAGAGGUUGAAGAGUUUUUAUAUUUUUCAGGGGGAAAGGUUAAAGAGCUUUUAUAGCUGUGUCUCUGCUCUACUCUCUAUACAGCUAAGGGAUCUAUUGAUGAGAAGUAUUACAAGCUAUGUUCAAGCCUUCCAGGAUCACAGAACCCUUCCGAGGAUUGAGAUGGAGUUAGUUCUUUCAGGGAAGAGAAUAGAGUUCUCUCCAACCUGUACAGAGGUGACGGAUAUGAUCGUAUCAGUAGUACAGGAGAUGAAUAAACUCCUGAGAGAAGUUCCAACCAUACAAUCCUGGAUCUCAGGAUCAUCAAACCAGUUCGUUCCAGUCACACUCAACAAGGAACCCAACCUUAUCCAUGUUCGGGUUUACACAUUAGAACGAUGUCGAUAUUAA